AUGGCGAGUUGCGACUGCACUUGCAACUGCAAGUGCAAUCAGCAUACGAAGAGCUGUCGAAUGCCACAAAUGGCAAUCGAAUGUCGCAAUUGCACCGACGGGUGCAAAUCAGCGCAUAUGAAGAGCUGUGCCAUGGCGAGUUGCGACUGCACUUGCAACUGCAAGUGCAAUCAGCAUACGAAGAGCUGUCGAAUGCCACAAGUGGCAAUCGAAUGUCGCAAUUGCACCGACGGGUGCAAAUCAGCGCAUAUGAAGAGCUGUGCCAUGGCAAGUUGCGACUGCACUUGCAACUGCAAGUGCAAUCAGCAUACGAAGAGCUGUCGAAUGCCACAAGUGGCAAUCGAAUGUCGCAAUUGCACCGACGGGUGCAAAUCAGCGCAUAUGAAGAGCUGUGCCAUGGCGAGUUGCGACUGCACUUGCAACUGCAAGUGCAAUCAGCAUACGAAGAGCUGUCGAAUGCCACAAGUGGCAAUCGAAUGUCGCAAUUGCACCGACGGGUGCAAAUCAGCGCAUAUGAAGAGCUGUGCCAUGGCAAGUUGA